AUGCGUCGCGUUCCCAGCGAUUCGGAGGCAGCGUCGCGAUGUAACGGCAACUCAAUACAUUCCAUUCUCAAGGAGUCUCAUCGAGUGUCAUCAGUAGGUUAAAUUUUAAUUUUUUUUUGCUUUUUAGCAUACUUUAUAAACUUAAAUUUUGAAAAAAUUUGUGUACAGAUUUAACUUGGUACCCCCUGUUGCGUUAAAAAAAACGUUUCUUUUGUUUUUUUUUAUUUUCUAUAUAAGCCUAAAUUACCUGAAUAUUGUCAUAUGUGAUACUCUAUAGAAUUGGCUUUAAAAUGAGGUAUAAAACUUGAAAUUUCGUUUAGAAUUUUUUAAAAUACGAAAGGUUUUUGCUAUAUCUUCCUGCAGUCAAAAUAAUUGAUGCCGUAUUUUACCUUCAAAUUACCUGUUUAUACUCAAAACUUUAUUUUUAAGAAAUACAAAUUCUUAUCAAUUUAUAUGAAAUUAUUGAUUUUUAAAGUUACCUUUUUCAGAUCUCCGAAAGCUCAAGGAAUCGUCAUUACAGUAAUGACAGUUGUUCUUCUAUCAAAGGUGUAACGUUUGAUAAAUCAUGUAAGUUCCUAGAAUUCCUGCUUUUUAACCACUUGCUGUCAAGUUUAAUAUGUUGUGAAGUUUUUUAAAAUUUUUUUUUGUUUUUUAAAAUUCUUUAAAUUUUAAAAGUUUUAAAAUUUUAAAUUUUAAAAUUAUUUCGAUUUCAUACCUAAAAUCUUUAUUGACGAAAAAGAUUGUACAAAUUACUCGAUCAUUCGUUGUUUUUGUUACUUUCCCAUUGACUAUAUUGUUUUCAAGCUUUGUUUUUAUAGUGCCAACAAAUGCUUUUCGAAAUGAAAAGAGUAAUGAUUUGGCUAGCCAAUCGUUACGAAAUCGUCGUACUUCACUCCCAGUCAAUACCACACUUCAUCCCAGGCUGCGAGAUCAGGUAGGGACUCAAAAUAGAAUUAAAAAAUUUUUUUUAAUGUUUAGGGCAGGGCAGGGUUGGGUAGUGUAGGAUAGUAAAUACAAUAUUGUUCUUAUAUUCAGACCUUCCUUCUUUCGUGUUACAGUAAAAAAGCGUAUGCCACUUUAAAUUCUUUGAAUUGUUAUUUAUCGUUUCCGUCUCGCGAGAACUAAUUGACAAUUUCAUAACUUUUAAAAAUUUGAAACUUUUUUUGCAAGCCGAGAACGGAACGGAACGGUGAAAAAUGAGAAAUGCGAAAAACACGAAGGAAACGGGAGAAAGAAAAAACGGCAAAUGGGAGGGGUAAAAGUGUUUUUACAAUUUAAAGGCAUGUAAUGGUCUACAUGUAAUGGAUAAUAUUAGGUGUUCCAACUAUAAACUUCCGCGGACUUUUACAAAUUAUAACUUUUUUGAAACUUGUUCUACAGUUCUGGCAUUCACGUUUUGAAGGGAUGCCGCAAAGAAGGCAUAGACAAUGUUAGAGUAUAUAUCACAGAAUAAUUAGUUUUGUUUCGGUUGUUAUAAUAAAAUGUUUGUUAAAAACGGAAGUUUAUAGUUGAGGUACUCAAAGGACCAGUUCGCCCAUUCAAAUAUCAUUGGCAUUCUGUCGCAAAAAUUCGACGUUCAUUUUUUUCGCAAAAAACCUGAGCAGGUCGGUCCCAAAUUGGAAAAUUCAUUUCGACACCGACCCACUCACGUUUUUUGAGAAAAAUGAUUUUGAUUGAAAUUGGCUGAUUUUCGACGCUUUUUGCGACAGAAUGCCAAUGAUAUUUGAAUGGGCGAACUGGUCCUUCAAUAUAUGUUAUUAGCGGGGUUUUGAGUGUGUAGGGAAGGACGUGGAGGGUCGAGUGUGUCGGGGAGGAUGGGGAGGGUCGGACUUAAAAUAAUUGAUAAGCACGGAUUUUUAAAACUUUUUUGAAUUGGCAGGGGGGCCACGCUCAACUUUUUUUAUUUUGUCGGGCGAGAGAGGAAGGGGAGGGGUAAAUAAAUUUUUACACAAAACAUGGCUCAGUGGAUCUUACAAGUCAUUAUAAUACGAUAAAACUGGCCCUUUUAUAUCAACUUUGACUAUGACAAGCCUUUGAACAUUAAUAUGUAGGCUAAAAGACCCUUUUUCAAAACUUUUAGCAUUUUUCACUUUUAAAACAAUUUUUAAAUUUAAAAAAAUGUUUCGCUAAAGAAACAUUAAAGAACAAGUAUAAUAACAUCGUAUUUCGACAUUGUUUUACGACUUUGGUUACGUGAUUACGUUUGCGAGAACAUGAGUAAUAUUAUUCUAGACGAAUCAGAAAUGUUCGUAUAUAUAGUGACUUCCUCAUUAUGUAGUUCAGCUUUUUAAAUUGGUUUUUAAGUUUGAUUUUUGGUUCUUUUAAUUUAAAUUUUUGAAGUUUUUGGAGGAUUUUGUUGAUUUUGAACAUUUGAAUCGAAAAUUUCCCGCCAAAAUUCAAUUUUAAUUUUUUGGGUUCCUCAAUGGUUUUUAAGGCUGCAGCACGCAACAUGGGCCAUUAUAUCGCUUAACAGUUAUAAAAUUUUUAUUUUAUUUAUUUUAAAUUUAUUAUUUUAUUUUAAAAUAUUUCUUCAGGGUAACGUCUCCGAAGCCCGUGGCCUAGUAAUGGAUAUGCUUCAAAACCGAGACUUACAGCCGCAGGUUAUCAGUUGUUUGCGAGCUGUCGCUUCUCUAUUGACUCCACAAAUGGUAAGUUUCUACUUUUGUAUUUUUUUAAAUUUUUUAUUAAUUUAAUUAAAUAUUUUUAAAAAAUUUGGGUUUUAGUGAAUUUUUAGAAUUUUUUUUAUUUAAAAUUUGGCGAAAAAAUUAAAAUUCAAAAAAUAUUUAAAUUAUAAAUAAAAACUGACAUUUUAGACUAGUUUCAGGCUUUUUAGGCUUUUUUUAAAAACCAAAACAUCGCUUUUUUGAAAAGUUUAAAUUUUGGCGGGAAAAAUUAAAAUUUAAACAAAAUAAAGUUUAAGAAUGAUAAAGUAAAGGUAAACAAUAUAAUUUUGAGUAUCAUACUCAUCUACUUCAACCUAAAAAAUGUAAAUUUCACAUUACAGAACGGUCAAAACGGCAAUUUCAUGGAGUUCCUCCCGAAAGUGGUGGAGAAUCCGUAUUCGGGCGAGCAGCUGACAGUGUCUGCGGUAGGUUCAGCUCAUUAA